AAUCCGUGGAGACCACGCACCCGAUAAAGAUAACCGAAUAACGGAUAUACCCUUUUCUCUUCAAAUGACUAAAUUAUCCUUACAGGUAUAAAUCAUCAUCAUUCAGUCUCGGGCAAUUUCGUAAUUAACGACAAAUGGGUUCCAAGGCCAUGGCAAUGGCGGCAGAGAAGAUCGGAACGGCGGUGCGGCGCCAAGCCGUUUCCUUAACCGACGCCGCCGCCUCCAGAAUACGCGUCUUGCUUCAGCAGCGUCAGAGACCAUUCUUAAAGCUCGGCGUCAAAGCUCGUGGUUGCAACGGCUUAUCGUACACCCUAAAUUAUGCUGAUGAAAAAGGGAAAUUUGAUGAGUUGGUUGAGGAUAAGGGUGUUAAGAUAUUGAUUGAUCCUAAGGCUCUUAUGCAUGUUAUUGGAACCAAGAUGGAUUUCGUUGAUGAUAAACUCAGAUCUGAAUUUGUUUUCAUCAAUCCAAACUCCAAAGGCCAAUGUGGUUGUGGUGAAUCUUUCAUGACAACACCUAGUACCGGAGCUGCUAAGUAAGGAAAUGGUUGAAAUUGUCAUUCAACAGACGUUGAUCCUCAUUUAGGAAGUCUUUCCUUUCAUGGUUGCAUUGUUGAACAUGCAAAUACCGCAAUUGGAUUUCUGUAAUUUUGCUUGUGAGACCAGAGGAAAAUAAAACUUUCAGUAUACAAAAUUCUCUGAAGUUGAUGUUGACAAGGCUUAAGACAACAAUAUGUACUAGCAUAUCAUUUUUCAGGCAACUCUUACUUCAUUCAUGUAAAAAAAUUGUAGUAUUAUGAAUACUGUAUAAUUUGUAGGUUGAGAAAAAUUAAUAAAAUAAUUUCCCCUUACUAA